AUGCAUCUUCGGCCUGUAGCGCCAUUCAUCACGGGCGUGUUAUCUCUCUACACCAUCUCCGCAACAGCAACCCAGGUAGACCUCUCACAGUAUGUGAAUCCACUAAUCGGCUCCGAAGGCCCCGAGCCAGGAACAUCAUUCGGAGGGGGCGAUAUAUUUGUGGGCGGUGCACUGCCAUUCAGCGUGGCCAAGGUUGGGAUUGGCUCGACAGCCGCAAACUGGAACACCGCUACUCUGAAUGGCGGGUGGACUCCCGAUGGGAAUGUCACGGGUAUAAGUAUGAUGUAUGAGAGUGGAACCGGCGGUUCGCCAAAGUAUGGGCUAGUCUCGCAGAUGCCGUUGACGUAUGUGGGCUCGCCGGUCAACGUGCUUGAUAAUUUGACAUACAGUCAGCCGAGAGUGGGUAAAGAUAUCGCUAAAGUGGGAUAUUUCAUGACUCAUUUGGAGAAUGAAAUUACGGUAGAAUCGUCGGCGUCGCGCCAUGCUGGAAUCAUAGAGUUUUCUUUCCCAGAUGGGGAGAGACACAUCCUUGUAGAUAUUUCCCAUUAUCUCCCUAGUAACGCUGGUGAUGCGAAUGGCCAAUUUUUUGCUGGAGGUGAGAUUCAGAUGGAAGCCGACGGCAAGGCGUACAGUGGGUAUGGAACAUAUGUUGGGGGCUGGAAUAAUGGUGCCCCAUUCACUGUGUACUUCUAUGGAGAAUUUUCCAAGUUCCCAGACAGUUCGCAGACAUUCUCUGGCGCGAACACAGAUCACAUGCCACGAUAUCAAAAUUUAGGCAAUGGUGGCAUGAGUGAGCCAAAAUUCAGAAACACAUCGAGCAAAGUCACAUCCGGACCUAUGAACAAACGGAUUGGGUUGCUGUUGAGCUGGAACGAUGGCCCUGCCUCACACGUUACCUCGCGUGUCGGUAUCUCGUCUAUGUCCACUGACCGGGCUCGUUCAUAUAUACAAGCAGAGAUUCCCUCGCGGAAACUGAAUGACACAGUAGCUGCUGCUGUCAAGGAGUGGAAUGAAAAUAUCUUCGAUAAGGUUCAAGUGUCGCUGGAUGACUCUGCCAACAUGACUCAUGUCAGGUUGCUGUAUAGCUCUUUGUAUUUCAUCCAUCUGAUGCCUUCCGACCGAACGGGGGAGAAUCCUUUGCACUCUGGAUACAUGCCAGAAGGGCGUUCGGGAAACUGGAACGGACUAGUUCAAGGUGGCUCUGAUGCAGAUAAAGUGCUAGCAUAUGCUUAUGUUAAAGGACUGAGAGGCCCAAUCAACUGGACGGAAGGAAUACUCUUUCGUCAUGCCUCACGAUGUGAGGACUCUCAUCGAAUUCAUGGGAGGCCCAAGACUUUCGAAUCUCGACUGGACCUGAUGUUCAAACCAAACAUGUCUGUUCAAAAUCUUAGGGCAAAUGGCACCGGCAUUACCACAUUGAUGAAUAUUGGAAACGAACCUGACUUCGCCACGCCCUAUCUUUACAACUACAUCAACAAGCAAGCCAAGAGUGUUCACCAGUCACGCAGCCUGGCUACUCAAUACCCGUAUAUCUUCUCUUAUCGCCGUGAUCCCCGGAUCUAUCUCAACAUGACGAUCAAUGGAAAUAAGACACUGCGCAUCUCCGCAACCGAUUUAGAGAGCGGGUACUACGUGCAGAGUGUCAAGAUAAAUGGCAAACAGUGGGAAAAGAACUGGUUCAAGCACGACGAGAUUAUGACGACUGGUGGCACGAUUGAAUUCGAGCUUGGGGAGAAUGCAAAGGCAUGGGAGACUGGGGAUGUUCCGCCUUCUCCCGGACACGUGCGAUUGAACAGGGAUUAG